AGGGUCCCAGGACCCGGGUGAGGGUUCCACACCUGGCCUUCAGGGGUCAAGACGCAGGCACCCACGCCAAAGGGGAGCAAAGCCGGGCUCGGCCCGAGGCCCCCAGGACCUCCAUCUCCCAAUGCCGGAGGUCUGAGGUAGGACCUGAGACUCUGCAUUUCUAACAAGCUCCCAGGUGACGCUGAUGAAGUGGAUUCAAGAUGUAGAGGAUUUUUACAAACGUAGAGUAGCGGGUGGACAAGUCCAGGCUACUGGCCUGGCAACUUGAGGUGGUCCCCGCCCCCUUGCUCGCUGAGGUUCCCUCCCAGGAAUCCGCCACGUGACAGUCGGACCGCCCUCUCAGACUAGAGGAGCCCCUUUAGCGCCAUGGCUCCCAAGAAGCCGCUCCGCCUUCCUGUCCUGCUGUUACCACUUCUGAUGCUGCUGCCCCAGGCAGACACUCGGUCAUUCGUAGUGGAUCGGGAAAAUGACAGAUUCCUCCUAGAUGGGGCCCCGUUCCGCUACGUGUCUGGCAGCCUGCACUACUUUCGGGUACCACGGGUGCUUUGGGCAGACCGGCUUUUCAAGAUGCGAAUGAGUGGCCUCAACACUGUACAGUUUUAUGUGCCCUGGAACUACCAUGAGCCAGAGCCUGGGGUCUAUAACUUUAAUGGCAGCCGGGACCUCUUUGCAUUUCUGAAUGAGGCAUCUGUAGCGAACCUGUUGGUCAUACUGAGACCAGGACCUUACAUCUGUGCAGAAUGGGACAUGGGGGGUCUCCCAGCCUGGUUGCUUCAAAAACCUGAUAUACAUCUGAGAACCUCAGACCCAGACUUUCUUGCCGCAGUGGACUCCUGGUUCAAGGUCUUGCUGCCCAAGUUAUAUCCAUGGCUCUACCACAAUGGGGGCAACAUCAUUAGCAUUCAGGUGGAGAAUGAAUAUGGUAGCUACAGAGCCUGUGACUUCAGCUACAUGAGGCACCUGGCUGGGCUCUUCCGUGCGCUGCUAGGAGACAGGAUCUUGCUCUUCACCACAGAUGGGCCUGAAGGACUCAAAUGUGGCUCCCUCCAGGGACUCUAUACCACUGUGGAUUUUGGCCCAGCUGACAACAUGACCAAAAUCUUUGCCCUGCUGCGGAAGUAUGAACCCCGUGGGCCACUGGUGAACUCCGAGUACUACACAGGCUGGCUGGAUUACUGGGGCCAGAAUCACUCCACGCGGUCCGUGUUGGCUGUGACCACAGGCCUAGAGAACAUGCUGAAGCUGGGAGCCAGUGUGAACAUGUACAUGUUCCACGGAGGUACCAACUUUGGAUUCUGGAAUGGUGCUGAUGAGAAGGGACGCUUUCUUCCAAUUACUACCAGCUAUGACUACGAUGCACCAAUAUCUGAAGCAGGGGACCCCACACCUAAGCUUUUUGCUCUUCGAAACGUCAUCAGCGAGUUCCAGGAAAUUCCCUUGGGACCUUUACCUCCCCCCAGCCCCAAGAUGAUGUUUGGACCUCUGACCCUGCAUCUGGAUGGGGAUUUGCUGGCUUUCCUAGACUUCCUGUGCCCCCAAGGGCCCAUCCGUUCAAUCUUGCCAAUGUCCUUUGAGGCUGUCAAACAGGACCGUGGCUUUGUGUUGUACCGGACCUAUCUGACCUAUACUGUUUCUGAGCCAACACAGUUCUGGGUGCCUAACAAUGGAGUCCACGACCGUGCCUAUGUGAUGGUAGAUGGGGUGUUUCAGGGUGUUCUGGAACGAAACAUGAAACACCAACUAUUUUUGAUGGGGAAAGUAGGGGCCAAAGUGGACAUCUUACUGGAGAACAUGGGGAGGCUCAGUUUCGGGUCUAACAGCAGUGACUUCAAGGGCCUGUUAGAACCCCCAAUUCUGGGGCAAACAGUCCUCACCCAGUGGCUGAUGUUCCCUCUGAAAGUUGAUAAGCUUGUAAAGUGGUGGUUUCCCCUCCAGUUGAUGAAAAGUUCACGUCCUCAAGUUCCCUCUGGCCCCACCUUCUACUCCACAACGUUUCCAAUUUUAGGAGAAGGCGGGGACACUUUUCUCUUUCUACCUGGAUGGACCAAGGGCCAAGUCUGGAUCAACGGGUUUAACUUGGGCCGGUACUGGACAAAGCGGGGGCCACAAGAAACCCUCUAUGUGCCAAGACCCCUGCUGCUUUCUGCGGGAGCCCUCAACAAAAUCACAGUGCUGGAGCUAGAAAACGUGCCUCCUCAGCCCCAAAUCCAGUUUCUGGAUAGGCCUAUCCUCAACAGCACCUUGCAUAAGACAUACAUCUAUUCCCUCUCAGCUGAUACACAAAGUACCUUUGAACCAAUGGAGUUAAGUGGGCACUGAAAGAAAGGUAACCCUUGGACCUGGCACAUGGAGUGGGCAGGAUCCCUUGGUGUUGGCCAUGGUGACCACAAGGAACCAAAGGCCACAAGGCCCAAAUGCAAGUCCAAGUGCAAUUUCCUUGCCAAACUUUAUUGUGAUUAAAGUUCCAGAGACAGUCCCA